AUGGUACACCUUGUGGCUGUACCAGAGACAAUCACGGCAAGUGGCUGCGCUUGUGUCUUUAUUGACACCAUCUUCCGACUUCAUGGGUUGCCCCGUGAACUCGUAUCAGACAGAGAUCCACGAUUCACUGCUGAUUUCUGGCGUUCCGUGUUCAAAUCACUCGGGACGCGCUUGAAGAUGUCAACAUCUGAUCAUCCAGAGUCAGAUGGCCAGACGGAACGUGCCAAUCGUGUCCUUGAAGAGAUACUUCGAGGAUACGUACACUCCUUUAAGAGUUGGAGUGAGUUUUUGCCAAUGGUAGAGUUUGCCAUUAACAACUCGGUGUAUGCGUCCACGACACAUACACCGUUUUACGUGAAUGGCUUGCGCCAUUCGCGUGUACCCACCUUACUAGAGUGUAACUCUGAUUUAAGGGGGGGAGGGACUCGCGCGAGCAAAAACCGAAUUGGUUCACGCUCAUCACGCUCUGACGAAGAGGUCAUUGCGUUUGAUGCCGAUAUCGAUAACAUCGAUAUCGAAGAAUAUGAUGCCAGUGAGAGUGCGGAAGCCCUCACUGAAGAAGAUGAUCCCAGUGAGAGUGCGGAAGCCCUCACUGAAGAAAAGGUUGAUGUUGCUGCAGUGCGCUCACAGCACACUGAAGCUAACGAGCCAGCAGAUGAGUUCAUACUGGCUCGUGAAACGGUAGUCCGUUUCGUGCAAGACUCCAUCGCCGAAGCGGUGGAUAAGCAAAAGCAAAACGCUGACAAGAAUGGAAGGGCAAACACUCUUUUAUUUAAUAAAGGUGACUUAGUCCUACUGUCUACGGUUAAUCUAACAAAGCAUGUAGUGACUAACUUGGGUAGCAGUAAACUACUACCCAAGUACAUUGGCCCAUUUCGUGUAUUGCACCGCCUAGGCAAUGCAUACACGAUCGAGUUACCACGUAAGAUGCGAACGCAUCCCACGUUUUACGUUGGUCGGCUUAAGCCGUACCAUCAGUACGCUGCUUCUUCCGAUGAAGAACGCCUUGCGCUCAAGCAUCUCGCAGAGAGCCUUGUGCUCCCGAUGGUGGGCAUCAACAAGGGUCUGAAGAGCAGCUAUCUCAUCCCGAGACCGAUCAGCAAUCCCACGAGCUACCCUUAG